AUGGACACUUCCAAAGACCUUGAGAUCAAAACGAAGAUAAGGCUAAAACUCCUUGCCAUAGAUAAGAUGCUUACUGAGGACCUUGGAAAAGAGGAGAUUAAAGAGCUAAGGCAAAGAAUAUGGCAGCUCCUUGGAAGAAAGGAGGAGAUGAAAUCGGGAAUAUCAAGGCCAACUGCUACCACAAAGGAUCUUUACAGGGCCAAUGAAGCCUAUGAGGGAUACAGCCUCUAA